UUUGAGUUUAAGGGGGGCCAUCAAUGAAUCUGGUGCUUUUUUAGCAUAUAUACAUAUAGUUUUUAGCUUCUAAUUACAGGAGUUAAAUAAGCUGAAUUAAUGUGUAUGAAAUUUAUUCAAGGAGAAAUAAAAUAUCCUGUUUUGUGAUUUUCUUUGCAAGUAACAAUGAGAAAAUCUAAUUUGCAAUGGUCUUUCUCAACUUCCCAAUUUCUUUCCUUUAAGUCUGCUCAAGAUCAAGAUGGAGCUCAUAAGCAAUACCCACCAGCCUUUUCACAGAGAAAGUUGGGAUUGGAUAUUCAAGGGGGAAGUCAAUAUCCUAUUACAGGUCAUCAUCAUUGGCAGCCUAAAGAUGUACUUUCAUUAAAUCAGUCCUCUGAAGUCAAAAUCCAUCCUGUUACUGGUCAAUCAAAUCAAAUCGUUCCCGCCACAAUAGGUUCUGGUACCGUGACAAAUAUUUCUGUUACGCCUCCAAAUGGUCCUGUCGUUGGCUCUACUGAUCUGAAGAGUUCUUCGAGUAUUGCUAUCGGUUCCUGCCAGUUGACCCUCUUCUAUAAUGGAUCAGUUUGUGUCUACGAUAACGUUUCUCCUGAGAAGGCUCAAGCCAUAAUGUUAUUAGCCGGGAAUGGUGAAUCAAAAAAUCCAACUUCCUCGCCUGCUGCAAUCCCGUCUCUACCUAAAGUGCAGCCAUCAGUACCAAUGCAAAGACUGCUAGCAAACGACGCUGCUAUUCCAAAUCAGUCCGCAGGACUAUUAAGCACUAUUUCUUUGCCCCCUCCUAUCAGUUCUCUUCCUGCAGUAGCAACCAGUAGUGCAGUUGAAGCGACUCCAAUUAAACCGGUUAUGGCCCCUCCUGCUCACGUUAAGUGCCCUGAACCUCCUAAAUCAGGUGCCUCUGUCGGAGCUGGUGUAAAAUCAGUUUUAUCAGCUGUGCCUCAGGCUCGGAAAGCAUCUCUUACAAGAUUCUUGGAGAAACGAAAAGAGAGGGUAACUGCUGCAUCUCCUUAUGUUGUCAACAAAACUGCUUUCGGAUGCAGCACUAAAGAGCCUGGUGGAUCAAAUUUAGCAACGAAAUCUGCCUCGUCUAGUCCCCUACCAGCUAGUGUUGUAGAGAUUCUCUGAUGAACUCUAGCAGUAGGAUUGUUUUGGAUAUAUAUUCUACCUGUUAUCAGGAUGAUCAUAUUCAAUGAAUUCAGAUAUGAUCUAUAUUUAUUCUUUUGACUUGGAGUUUGUUGCAAUUUUAAUAUGCUUGCUUUCUGUUCAUUCAGUACUUUAAAUAACAAGAUAAAAAUGGUGUCAUUAAGCUAAUGCAAGAGGUUACUCCUUACUCGUCACUACAGGUAACGUUCGUUGCAAAUAACCCCCGUGACAAGUGAUUAACUUCAAGAGGAAAAAAUACAAAUUGACUAGGAAAUGGUUGCUUCAAAUUGUAAUCCAUCGAUUUAAAGCUCACAGAUGCAAAAAUCAAUAUAAAUAUUAGAGGUUGGGUUUUGUAUACAAGCUUAGUUUCGGAUGCACGCGAUGUAUACAUUAAAGUAAAAAACCAUAUAUUUCAACUUUCAU